UGCAUUGUGGGGAAAUCCACUCAGAUCCAAGAUGGCGGCCAGCAGGAGGCUGAUGAAGGAGCUUGAAGAGAUCCGCAAAUCUGGGAUGAAAAAUUUCCGUAAUAUUCAGGUGGAUGAAGCCAAUUUGCUGACCUGGCAGGGACUCAUUGUGCCAGACAAUCCUCCAUAUGACAAAGCCGCUUUUCGGAUUGAAAUUAACUUUCCAGCGGAGUACCCAUUCAAACCACCGAAGAUAACAUUUAAAACCAAAAUCUACCAUCCGAAUAUUGAUGAGAAGGGUCAGGUAUGCCUGCCAGUGAUCAGCGCUGAAAACUGGAAACCAGCAACCAAAACCGACCAAGUCAUCCAGUCUCUCAUCGCCCUGGUCAACGACCCACAACCCGAGCACCCACUGCGUGCAGAUCUAGCCGAAGAAUACUCAAAGGACCGUAAAAAAUUCUGUAAGAAUGCCGAAGAGUUUACAAAGAAAUAUGGAGAGAAGCGGCCAGUGGACUAGAAAUUUGGGGCCGAGUGCCAGAGGAAAA